GGGCUGCUUCCGACAGCUGUGGGCCGUGUGGACAGCUGAUUUAUUUGAGAUUAGUCUGGACAUGCGCCAACUGGGAUUCAAUCAGGCCAUGAUGAAUGUGCUUUGGCGCUCUGAAGGCUAACUGCUAAACUGACUGCUAACACUCCGUGACAGCGGCCGUCAAGGAGUAACAUUUUGGGGUUUCCGGAGGUCCCAGAGGUGUUUUAGUUGUUCAACUUCUGCCAAAGGCUCUGCAGUGAAAUACAAGGGACGACCGUGUUUCCUCUUUGCUUUGGAUUUGUUCUCGGACUAUAAAUCGUUGGGAUUAUAAAUACUGAGGGAGAUAAACCCUGUUUGUGUACCGUGGAAGUGAGGGGAUAUUCAGUAGCCAUGGCUACAUGUAAUGUGGGUAUGCAACCUGUGCCGUAAACAGCAAGAGAUUCUCACCAAAUCAGGAGAAUGGUUUUCGGGGUCGGGGGUGCAGCCUGGGAGCCGGGGCAGCUCCUUGGACAUCCCAGCCAUUGGAGGUGAGGCCCAGCGGGACAGGAAGCUACUCCGCUCCAGGUCCCAAGCCCCGCCCUCCAUCACCAACUCCAACGCAGGUCCGCCGGACGGGACGCAGCCCCCCACCGGUGUCCCUGCUGCCAAGGGGGCAGACACCAUGCCCGGCUCCCGGUCCCAAAGUGAACCACCGCGAGAAAAGAAAAGGCCAGUUUCCCUCCAUGAACAAAAUGGUAAAGGAGGCAUGGGGCGGGGGAGUGGCCGGAGACCUGGUGGGAAGUUGUCCUCUCAGUCAUCCCUGGAUGAGCGAGUGGUUCCUGGGGAAAGAGGUGACAGACGCUUAGGAGAAGGACGGAGGCUGGAAAAGAUCCACUCUCAGGACUACGAGGACGGGGAGGGGAACUUGGGUCGUUCAGAGUCGCACCGGAGACGCCCAGAGGACGAGGAGCAGAGGGAGCGCCAGCGCCGGGAGGAGGAGUUCCAGAACCGUUACCGUAGUGAUCCCAACCUGGCACGAUACCCUGUGAAACCACAGAAGGAGGAGCAGGAGAUGCGCAUGCAUGCUAAGGUAUCCAAGGUCCGCCAUGAACGACGACACAGUGAUCUGGCUAUCAACGAGGUGGGACUGGGACCUGGGGAAGGAGGAGGGGGACGAGGGGAGGUGCCUGAGAACCGUCUGGCCAGGAGGGGUGGGGGUGGGGAGGGGGACAAGGCCCUCCUGGAGAACCACCGAGCCUACUCUGUGGAUAGGACCGUGGGGGUUGGAGGGGGAACUUUGCCUGCAGGUGGAGUGAAAUCAGGACCCCAACCUGGGGGACCGGUGCCUCCAGAUUGGGGCCCGAACAAAGGCCACCUAGAGCCCGGUACAACACGGACACCAAGGGUUAAGGGUGGGGACAACCUGCUGAGGAAGGACUCUCAGAGUUCGGACCAGUCGGAGUCUUUGCGGCCGCCCCCUCCACGGUCAUACAAGAGCAAGCGCGGAGUCAACAAGAGGCAGAUGUCCAUCAGCAGCUCAGAGGAGGAAGGCGGCUCCACGCCCGAGUACACCAGCUGUGAGGACGUGGACAUGGAAAGCGUCAGCGAGAAAGGUGACUGGGACUGUCAUUCUCUAGAUCCUACAGUGUGGCAUCAUCCAGUUACAUGGCAGCCAUCCAAAGAGGGUGACCACCUGAUCGGACGCAUCACGCUGAGCAAGAGAUCGGCAAUGCCCCGUGAGGCUGGCUCUCUCCUCGGCCUGAAAGUGGUAGGAGGGAAGAUGACAGAGAUGGGGAGACUUGGGGCCUUCAUCACCAAAGUCAAGAAAGGCAGCCUUGCAGAUGUUGUUGGACACCUACGAGCGGGUGACGAGGUGUUGCAGUGGAAUGGAAAGUCGUUGCCGGGAGCAACAAAGAAAGAAGUGUACAACAUUAUCCUUGAAUCCAAGGCUGAACCUCAAGUGGAAAUAGUUGUUUCAAGGCCUAUAGGCUCUAUCAACCGAAUUAUGUCCAAAAACUUCUUGAGAAAAGUGUAUAGAGCCUAUCACGACAUCCCAAGAAUCCCAGAGUCCUCCCACCCUCCUCUAGAAUCUACAGGCUCCAGUUCCUUUGAGUCGCAAAAGAUGGACCGACCCUCUAUAUCGGUGAUGUCCCCGACCAGCCCUGGGACCCUCAGAGACCUUCCUGUAGUACUGCCUGGACAGCUCUCCGUUAAGCUGUGGUACGACAAAGUGGGCCAUCAAUUGAUCGUCAACGUCCUUCAAGCCAUAGACCUGCCAACCCGACCAGACGGACGACCUCGGAACCCCUAUGUCAAGAUGUACUUCCUGCCUGAUAGGAGUGAUAAGAGUAAACGACGGACUAAAACAGUGAAGAAGAAUGCUGAGCCCAAGUGGAACCAGACCUUCUUGUAUUCCCACGUUCACCGGCGGGACUUCAGAGAACGCAUGCUAGAGAUCACGGUCUGGGACCAGCCCAGGGUCCAGGAGGAGGAGAGUGAAUUCUUAGGAGAGAUCCUGAUAGAGUUGGAGACAGCUCUGCUGGACGAUAUCCCUCAUUGGUACAAACUCCAAUCACAUGACAUGUCCUCGAUACCUCUGCCCCAGCCUUCCCCGUACCUCCCGCGCAGACACGUCCACGGAGACAGCCCCAGCAAGAAACUACAGAGGUCUCAUCGCAUCAUUGAUACAGAGUUUGAUGAUGGUUUGAUGGUAGUGACUAAAGGUGCAGAGCGUAACUCCAGGGAGAGAGAGCGGGGCAGUACACUAGCGGUGCCGGAGCAGCAGCGGGCCGUGCAGCACCGCUCCCGCUCCGUGUCCCCCCACAGGGAGGACUCCUGCAGGGCCCGCUCCCGCCCUGCACACGUGCCAAUGCAAAGGAGUCUGGAUGAGAUCCACCAGAACCGCCCCCACUCCCACUCCCCCUCCCGCUACCAUGACUCCCACUUAGAGCACCAGCGCUCCGGGGACUCGGACUACGAGUACUCUGAGGACAGUGAGGUCCUGGAGAUGCACAGGUCUAUCCGGGGCGGGAGUGCCGAGUGCCUGCACACAAACAGGGGCGUAUGUAGAUACAGCAACACACUACCCCCCAAAAUGCCCCUGUUAGUAAACGGUAUCCAUAAAGACAUUUACAGCGACCUGCAGCCGCAGUUGGACAGAGUGAGGAGUUCCAGCACCACAUGUCUGAGACCAGACAACAACUUUCACUCCCCUGACAGAGACAGGUGCUCCAACUCUUUGCCCUGCAAGAUUCCCCCAAGCCCCAGGAUCUUAGUAGAACAUGUGAACCCUGAGGAGAACAGGCAAUGUAACAACUCAUCAGGUCAAAACUGUCAAAGGGGCAGCAAAAAAAGUCUGGAAGGGGACAGUCGUAUCCAACCCACCUCUAUCCUGAGGGGCAGUAGGGGGAGAGGGGGCCCUCUGAGGCCCUUUGGUCAGACAGUCUUGUCUGGGUCCUGCCCAAACUCCCCGCGGCUAGACAGAGCACACCCUCACGGCAGCCCCUCCUCUCCUACGGGGACUCCCUCAUCAGGUCGCAGGGGCCGGCAGCUGCCUCAGCUCCCUGCCAAGAGCAGCAGCGUAGAGCAAGCCCUUGCAGUAGAGGAACGCGCCCGACAGCUGCAGAUGAAAGUACAUUCCUACCGGCCUUCAGCCUCCCACGACCCCGAGACGGACCUCAAGACCAAACGGGAGAUGUACGCAGAGCAGAGGCGCAGCAGCGACAACAUGUCGGCCCGGUCGUCAGACAGCGAUAUGAGCGAUGCGUCGGCCCUCUCCCGCGCCAGCAGUGCCUCCCGCCUCAGUAGCACCAGCUACAUGUCUAUCCAAUCAGAACGACCGGGGGGGCGACUCAGUCGGCAGCUGCGUUCGGUGGGCCGUAAGAUGCUGAAGAGCUCCAGUGUGAGCGGAGAGAUCUACACCCAGGAGCGCACGGACGGCAGCCAAUCAGACACGGCGCUGGGCACGGUGGGCGGGGGCAGCAAGAAGAGGCGCUCCAGUCUGAGCGCGAGGGUGGUGGCCAUCGUCGGGAACCGCCGCAGCCGCAGCACGUCUCAGAUCAACGGCCCUGAGGCGAAGAGUAAGAAGGAGAAGGGAGCCCCCAUCCAGAGGAGCACAGAGACCGGCAUGGCGGUAGAGCUGACCCGGAACAUGAGCCGGCAGCCCAGCAGGGAGUCCACCAACGGCAGCAUGAACAGCUGCACCUCCGAGGGGAAUUUGAUCUUCCCUGGAGUCAACCUGGGAGCCAGUAGUCAGUUCAGUGACUUCCUGGACGGCCUGGGACCGGCUCAGCUAGUGGGGCGGCAAACUCUGGCUACACCUGCAAUAGGUGACAUCCAGAUUGGCAUGAUGGAGAAGAAGAGUCAGCUGGAGGUGGAGGUUAUCAGAGCCCGAGGACUGGUACAGAAGCCAGGAUCAAAGUCCCUCCCUGCUCCAUACGUCAAGGUCUAUCUGCUGAACAAUGGAGCGUACGUAGCCAAAAAGAAAACCAAGAUUGCACGGAAAACACUUGACCCACUGUACCAGCAAGCACUGCUAUUCGAGGAGAGCCCACAGGGUAAAGUCCUGCAGGUGAUUGUAUGGGGGGACUACGGCCGCAUGGACCAUAAAAGCUUCAUGGGAGUUGCACAAAUCCUAUUGGAGGAACUGGACUUAUCAAGCACAGUGAUUGGCUGGUACAAGUUGUUCCCGCCCUCGUCCCUGGUGGAUCCGACUCUGGCCUCCCUGACGCGGCGGGCUUCACAGUCGUCGCUGGACAGCUCCUCCGGACCCCCGGGGGUCCGAUCCUAGGGACCAACAGCUCUACGAGUAACAAACUCACGACCCGUACAUUAGAGAAAAACUAAAUAAAAGAUGGCGGAAACGUAGAACAACAACAAUCACAACGAGAAAGCUUUGUUGAGAUCUGACAAUCACUCCUGUCGCGGUUCAUCUCGUCUGUUGUAGGGAGCGUCGCAUUUCACUGUUUCAUAUCCAUUCAGAAACUCUCAUGGUUUGUUCUCUGUAUGCUGGAGAAGCAGGGCUGUCCACAGACAAGACAAGGGAGUCAAAAGAAGCAGGGCUGUCCACAGACAAGACAAGGGAGUCAAAAGAAGCAGGGCUGUCCACAGACAAGACAAGGGAGUCAAAAGAAGCUGGGCUGUCCACAGACAACAAGACAAGGGAGUCAAAAGAAGCAGGGCUGUCCACAGACAACAAGACAAGGGAGUCAAAAGAAGCAGGGUGAUUUUUAACUGAAUCAACAUAGCAAAGAAAUGUACGUAAGCAUCGGAAUGUAUGGACUCAGACAGAGGUGAUCCCCCCCCUCACCUGCAGGGGGCCAGGCCUCUCUGUGGGGGGCCUCCUCCAGAACCCCAGACAGACUGCCGCACCCUGCCCCCCUGGCAGGGUGCUCCCACUUUGGUAUCAGUCUGGAAGCACAGGGCCUUCUUCUGGUGCCUAGACCUCGGAGCCGCAUCACUGGUCCCCCCCCUCCUCUUUUUAACUCUGUUUCGCGUGUUUGCUUUGUCGUUCGUUUCUUUCCCUUUGUUACUACCGGCACAAAAUGUUUUUACGGUACGUAAAAUGCUCAUGAUAAUGUUGUCAGUCUGGUGUGUGCAUGGAGAGAAAAAACUAAACACAAGAGAUAAAAAAUAACUAUUAAAUGUCUGCGAGUGUUAUGCAGGGGGGGGGACUGGUGAUGGUGACACAGCUUAGAUUUUUACACCGUGAGAUUAGCGUUGUUUUCCUUGUUCACCACUGGCUGACGUCCAGGCCAGUCGUCUUUGUAUAGAUGUAUAUUAGGCCUCCUAGGAGGUUGACCAAUAAAUCAAAUGUAUGUCACUUUGAAAUAUCACAAGGGUUCAACAUCACUGUCAAAAAAAAGCAAGAGCAAAAUAGGACCGUCUAAUUUGUUCACAUUGUUUGGGGAGGUCAUUCCCUCACCGCAGCACGUUUUCAUCCUACCUUUUAGUUCAUGUUAUUUUGAGAUUUAAACACAAGCACAAGAGCUUGAUUUUUUUACGACAAAAAGUUUAACUUUUUGAAAAAAACACGUAGUUAAAAAAAGAAAAAAAGAAACGUCUCUGGUUCCAUUCCUUUGGUCUGGUUGUUUUCGGAAACAAAACGACUAACAGAAAAAGAAGAUCACAGUUUCCCUCGUGCGUCUCUGUGAAAGUAACCAAUCAGAACGAUUGGCCGGGAACACCAAUGCUCACCCUCCGUUCGGCCUGCAGACUCCUCCCACUGGGGGAAAGGGGCGGGGCCAGCAUGACUUUGGAGCCAGUUCCAAGUUGCAUGCACAUUUUUGUAAAACAAAAACAGAUACAGAAAAAAGAAAGUGAACUAGAUACGUGUGUUAGUUCCACAUCCUGUCGGGCCGCUUGUAUGUUGCAUGCAGUUGUACAGUUUGCUCGUACUUGAAUAUUAAAGAGAUCAAACUAAGAAACCGAAGCCAUUCCCGUUACGCAAAGAACUGCAGUCCACACCCUCAGUCCGGUGCUGAAUGUCUCUAACUUUACGAUUACGUUGAUGUCUUUCCUCGCCCUCUGGAAGAUGAACUGAGCACACCUCGCAGCCCCUCCCUCUCAUAGUAUACCUCCAAGCGGCUGACAUGAAUAAAUAUGUACAAAUCAGAUCUAUGGAAAUAUGAAUUAUGUUUCAACAUAAUGAUUUCAGAUAUGCUAACACAUGUUAUAUAAAGAAUGAAUACAGAUGCACAGUCAUAUAGUGUAAAUACUCGACAGCCAUUCAGCGGGUCUUCAUUGAGUGAUACUUGCAGAGGGGCUUAUAAUGAGGAGAUAAUACGUCAUGUCUGAACACUCUUUGUACUUCAACCGUCUGAUCGACCCGGCCAUGUUCACCUCAGAACGACUUUUUCUUUCCAUCGUCCGGUGAAGCUGGUUUUCCUUUAUUUUUUCUUUGUCAGUAUUAACGGGAAAAAAAUCGCUGAUUGUUUACAACUUCUGUGUUCCACUGAAACAAAAAGAAAAUUAGAAAAAAAGUAAAGCAUUCACUGCAACAUUACUUGUUUGUAUAACAGAUGUGGCUCAAAUGAUGUGUAUGUUUUAUAUUUUAAAAAAGGUUCAUUUUUAUUAUUUACAAAUAAAAAGAAUGUGUGGAAGAAAAAGUG